AUGAAUCCACUAUCCUCUGUCGAAUCAUCAUUUGUCUCAGUAGCAAUCGCUGCCAUUUGCUUGGGAUAUGGAGCCAAAACCAUCCAAUUGGAAGAGAUUUCGGAGAAUGUCGAUAAUUUGAUCAUGCCCCUGUACAGGAAUCUCGUGAUUCUGUACUUGGCGUUACGAAUUUACGACAAACUAAAGGCCACGAUUGAAAAGAGAAUAUCCGCUAAAGCAGUACCGCCACACGAUGAUGAAGCAAUGCGACUGGCAAAGAACGCGGAACAACCUGUCGAUCUUACAGGAACCUUCAAAUUGAUCAAGAAUGAGAAUUUUGGACCCUUUUUGGCGGCCCAGGGUGUCCCAUGGGCUUUGCGUGGAGCUGCAAAUGCAGCAAGACCAACUCACAAGAUAACUCAUCAAGGAAAUAUGAUUACCAUUGCGAUUAAAGGUCCUCUUAAAUCAUCCUCAACCUACACCAUCGGUGGCGAGCCAGUUCCAGCCAGAAUACGAGGGAGGCGAUUCGAGGAUUCCGUGUCCUACAUUGAGUCGGGAGUAUGCACUACGAAGAGAGCUUGCGACGAUGGAUACGUAGUGAAAGUUGAUCGAGUUUUGUCACCGGAUAAGAACGAAAUUCGAAUGAAGAGCUCGGUUGUAUUCGAUGAUGAAUCGAAGGAGAAAAUUGAAAGUUUUCAACUAUUUCAGCGAGUAGAGUGA